UGAACCCAACAAUAUAAAGCCGGCCAAUUGAGGAAAUAUUAAUCUAAUUACUAUCAACUGGGAAAACAUUAAUCUAAUUACUAUCCAAUAUGAACAGUAAUUACAAUGGCUAAUUGAAAUUAAUCAAAAUAAUUAUGUAAAAAACCCCUUUCCCCUUUUUAACUGUUAAUUUGAUUGAUGAAUCACAAUGAUCAACCACCAAAUUCAAUUAAACUACGCUACUUGACUUGCAUCGAAUCACUAUGUAUUAGUUUCAAAUCUUAUCUCGCCUCCUUCGACAAUUCAUCUGUGUGUGAGUUGCAGCAAAGAUUUAACAAAAUCAGAUGGUUUAACCACGUUGUUAAUGUUGCUUCUGCGGCGGGAGCGGCGACGGCGGCAGAUCUUUGAGAUGACGGCGAAGUAGAAGAGGAGGAAGGCGGCGGCGAGGAAGACGAUGAGAGCGGCCAUGAGAGGGAGAUGUGAGAAGAGGAGCCGUCAUCAUCACCGCCUCCUUCGUCGGGGUUGAGGAAGAGAGGGGGUGGUGGUGGAGGGAAGAUGCAUAAUUUUGAGGAGAGAGAAAGUGAAAGGGGAGAAUUGAACUACAGUACGAAGAGAAAACCCUGUUUGUAAAUUCUCAUAAGGACCCGGUCGAUGAUCAUCUAUCCCGGCGGACAUAAGCGAAGAGGUGGCACCGACCACAUCUCAUUGUACUUGAAGAGACACCACUCUACUGUCGCCCGAGGCAGAUCAAUUAAUGUGUCGAUCAAAUUUUUCAUAUUGGAUCAACCUUCAGGUCAAUAUUUAGUCAUCGAAGGCGGUGACGUAUUUGGUGCAGAUCUGGGAGAAAGGCAUUUUGAUGCUCGGGGAACAGAAUGGGGAAUUCCGCAAGUUCUUCGGAUUAAUGACUUUGAAAAAACUACGAAUGGAUUCCUGGUUAGCGACCAAGUUACCUUUGGAGCAGAGGUUUUCAUUACAAGCGAUGAACCAACAUUCUCAAAGUUGUCACAAGUCAAAAUCAUUUCGAAACGCGUUUUUAAUAAGAUUAGCUUUGGACUAAAUUUCAAUCCCACUACCCCAGAUCCAAUUGAUUCUGCCACCUUCCCUACCACCUUGGAUGGUGAUCUUUACACAUGGAAACUUCAAUUGUUUCGAGAAGGUUUUGGAUCGUCAACAGGCACCCAUUGGUCUCUAUUUCUGGUACUUGUCAACACAGACAGGCUGUCCAAUGGAAGGAGCAUGCUUGUUAGUUUCGAGCUCAGCUUGUUAAGCAAAAAUAACGGAAUGUACUAUGAUACCAAGAAAGAGAUGAACUGGUUGACCGGCUCUAAGGUGUCAUUAGGGUUUCCAGACUUCAUUCAAGGAAGCGAUGUUUUUACUUCGCCAAACAACUUCAACGGUGGAAAUACCUUAGAUGUGAAGGUGCAAUUUAAUUCCAUCUUCUUACUCAACGAUAUGGAUGGUUGAGAAUUCCUUUGAGAUACUCAAAAUCACCAUCUUCAAAUUAACAAAAUCCAUCAUCCAUCAUCCAUCAUUGCCUUUUUCUUUACUUCAGUUGAUAAAAUAAAGGGCAAUACUUGCCUUAUCGUUUUGUAAUUUUAUUUUGGAAGUGUGCAAGUGUAUUUAACAUUUACGGUUGUUAUUUCAAUUGAUUACUAGCUCAGAUUCCAUAAAAUACUACGUCUAGUGAUAUGAUUGUUUCUCUAUAAUAUUUGUGUUAGCUUCUAUU